AUCAAAAAGCGCGGCAGGUCCCCCGGCUUCAAGUCUCCAACAUUUCUGUUCUUCGUUGCCCCCAAAAAACACACAUUACCAUUACGGGCUCAUCCGGAUUUCCUUCCCUUCUCAAGCGCACUCGAGCAGUUCUUGAGCAUACCAAACAGCACAGCUGUCAUUUCCGCCGCCCGGGCGUAGUCAACACUUGUACAGUUCUUCGACCACCAUUGUCCUCUACCAUCUUUCGUUUCUCUUUUUUUGUUCGCUUUUACUUGGCAUCAAGGACCUCAUAGGCUGCUGUUUCUUCCUUUUUCAACAAAGACCUCUUAUACGCCCCCGCUAUCGGAAAACUGUUUUUUUGCGCGAUAUCCUUACGGUUGCAAACACAAAAACUCUUAAACUCGACCAAUUGCAUUACUGCGUUGCUUUGGACGUUUGACCAACUUUGAGCUUAUAUCUUGGUUGGCAGAACCGCGUUCUGUUGCUAUUUAAGCCUACCAGCACGCGUUUUGAGGGUCUCUGUUCAACUGACCCUUACUCGGGACAUUUCGGUUAGAAAAUCGCAUUGAAAAACCCCCGGGCGAGACCUCCCCCGCAAAAGUCGUCUUAUAAGAACGCCCGUGUUCCCUCCCCCGCCUUCUGCUCCUCGCUUACGGCCGUUUGGUGAUUCAUCAUAUUCACCCGCGUAAUUCACUUUUUUUUUGACGACGCAGCUCUUAUAUAUCACUAUAUAUUUGAGUAAUCAAUCUCGCUUGGCUUCGUUCAUUCAUUUGAACGCUAUACCUCCUCAGUGCCUACUUCUGGGCUGUCCCGAACGACUGCCACCAGAAUGACCACAGCGUUAGCCUCGCAAGCAACAGAAACAAUUGUCGCUGCUGUAGCUACAGCAGCGCUUCCGAAUCAAGCUUCGGAUCCUAACACUCCCGCGACUCCGACUCCUCUGGCAUCCACCUCAGCCGCUCUGAGAGUGUCAUUCAAAGAACUUCCCAUUGAUGGCCUCAACACAACCGAGGUGUCAGACUGCACUACCAAUGACCGUCCCAUGGCAACAUCCGCCCCUACACUCCCGGCAGCCGACAUCCCCUCAAGCACCGUUUCCACCGAUGAACGCUCUCAUGUAAGAGCCGCAACAUCACCGUCUGCAACUACCGCACAGGCUGCUUUGCAAGCACUGCAACAGCAACGCCAAGACCUUCGCAAACUUCCUGCAGAUCCCCGUAAACGUCCCAAUUCCUUCUCAGGCCCCAUCCCAACACAGCCACGCUCCAUCAUUAAAGGCACUGGUUCCCACUCUGUUGGAACACCCCGCCAGGGUGAACAGAUUGGGUCAGCCAAGCACUUGAUUCCGCUAAGCGAGAUUGAAGCGUCGUCGUCUUCUUCACCGAGGAAGCGUGGCUCAUCUGUGGUCAAAAAGCACCUAUCUGGGUCUGAGAUGCUCGAACCAGAAAAGAUUGGGCGGCGUCUUACACGUCAGCGAUCAGAGAAGGAAGUGCUUGUUGGGACUCCUGUCAAAGAAGGACAUGACAAUUAUGUCCUGAUGUACGACAUGUUAACCGGGAUUCGGGUGUCGGUUUCGCGGUGUCAGGCCAAACCUCCUCGGGUGCUUCAGUUGGAAGACUUUACAGCGGCGCAUAAAAUGACCUUUGAUGUAACUGGUAACGAACUUACACCGUCUUCCAGAUAUGACUUCAAGUUUAAGGACUAUGCACCGUGGGUUUUCCGGUGUAUUCGGGAUGCAUUUCAUGUUGAUCCUGCAGAGUACCUGUUGUCGCUUACAGGAAAGUAUGUGCUAUCGGAGCUGGUCAGCGCCGGCAAGAGUGGAAGCUUUUUCUACUACUCCUCGGAUUACCGAUUUAUCAUCAAAACUGUGCACCAUUCCGAGCACAAGUAUAUGCGAAAGAUUCUGAGAUUUUAUUACGAGCACGUACGGGUCAAUCAGCACACUUUACUCUCACGGAUUUUUGGUCUGCACCGUGUCAAACUGCCUGGGAACCGCAAGAUACAUUUCGUAGUCAUGGGCAAUGUCUUCCCUCCAAACAAGGAUAUACAUGAGAUGUACGACUUGAAGGGGUCAACCGUCGGCCGAGAAUACCCUGAAGAGCUGGCCAAGGACGACCCACGGGCGGUGCUAAAAGACCUGAACUGGAUGCAUCGGAAGAAAAAGCUGGAUUUAGGCCCGCAGAAGAGGCAACUAUUAGUGGAGCAACUGGAGAGGGACGUGGAGUUUUUGAUUAAACACAAGAUUAUGGACUAUUCAUUACUCGUCGGAAUCCAUGAUCUCAAGCGCGGCAAUAAAGAGAAGAUACGGGACAAGACACUUGCUGUCUACGAACCCAAUCCGGACUCUGUAAGCCGCCAACCCACAUCUACGUCCCUAUUCCGCCAAUCCCACAUUUCUACUGGAGGGGCUAGUGUUGCCUCCACGAAACCCAAUAAACGCGAGCUACGACGCAUGCUUAGUGAAACGGAACCCCUUCAACUGGGGCCGUCCAACGCCAGGCUCCCGGAUCUGCCACCGUCAGAACGCACAAAUUGUGUAUUCUAUCAAGAUGAUGGCGGUUUUGCAGCCUCGGACGAAAAUAAUGAGCCGAUGAAAGAGCUCUACUAUAUUGGCGUCAUUGAUAUAUUCACAAAAUAUGAUAUGACAAAGAAAGUAGAACAUUUUUGGAAAAGCUUCAGUCAUGACCGCACGGCCAUAUCGGCGGUCAACCCCGUCCUUUACGGACAUCGCUUCCUCAAAUUCAUGAAAGCAGCGAUACGGGGCUAUACCCCAGAAGAUGAAGCAGUAGUCGGUUCGCGGCGGGCCAGUGGAACAGGAAUCGCGCAUGCGGCGGAGGGAGGGGUGGGGAUUCCGCAACCUGUAGGAAAAGAGUUGUUGGAAGGGAUGGAGGAGAGGGCGAUAGAAGCAUGAGACGGACGGACGAGCCACGGAAGAAAAAAAGAAAACUCUGAAAAAAAUGGGGGAAAAAAACACUGAAAAAUCCAAAAGAGCCCUGGAGGGAAUUCAUAUCAUCAUCGGAAAGGCAAAAGAUACAGGGCCUGGCUCUUGGGAGGAAUAUUGAACAGGGGAAGAACUGUAAAACAGUAGAUAGAUUUAGAGGGAAAUGGGGGGCAUGUACAUAUACCGACCCCAUCUGCGAGGUUUGGCCAAAAGGAUGGGCUUUUCUGUAAUUUUGUCAAUACAUUUGCGCUUUGCUAGAA